AUCCCAUCUAUGGAUUCUCUGGUGUCUCCAAAGCCCGACAGAUCCACAGGUGGACUAACUUCAUGAGAGGGGAAUCACUGUUUUUAUUUAUUUUUUUGUGCCGGGGGAGGACUGAUUCUGGCCGCCGUCGACCCAGGUGGAGAUGUCUGAGGAAAACUUGGGGGAAGAAUCGGGCAGCUCCCCAGUCUCUCCUGCGGACAGCCUGAGCAACAGCGAGGGGGAGCUGGACAGACAGCCGAAGAGAUGUGGGAGGAAGAGGAGACCGAGCAGGAAGAACGGGGAGGACUCAGAUAGCCCGACCCCUGGGAAAAGAGGGAAGAAGUCCAGCAGCAGCAGCCCGCAGUCUUUCGAGGAGCUCCAGUCGCAGCGCGUCAUGGCCAACGUCCGGGAGCGCCAGAGGACCCAGAGUCUGAACGAGGCGUUCGCGGCUUUGCGUAAAAUUAUCCCCACUUUGCCCUCGGACAAGCUCAGCAAAAUACAGACCCUAAAACUCGCGGCCAGAUACAUCGACUUCCUCUGCCAGGUGCUGCAGAGCGACGAGCUGGACUCCAAAAUGUCAAGUUGUAGUUAUGUGGCGCACGAGAGGCUGAGCUACGCCUUCUCUGUGUGGAGGAUGGAGGGCGCUUGGUCCAUGUCAACAUCUCACUAGCAUCUGGAGAAAUUAUUCAACCCCAAAAUGGUUGUUUUUUUUCCCCUCAAACUGCAAGGCUUUAAACAGAGAGGGGGAAAUUACGCAUCUAUUUUCAUGGCUGUAAAGCAACCAAAGAGUCCAAAAAAGCAAAGAUCUGAGCACAGCCUUGUUUUGCGUACAAAUGAUCUGACCUCUCCAGGUGACUGCUGAAGCUUUUUCUUUUUUUUUUUCUGAAGGGACAAAUCUGGAGUCCAAUGCUGGAUACAUGGGAAACCAAAGAAGCUCUGGGGAUCUCUCGCUUUUUCUUUUUUUUUUUUUUUUUAGAGGCCCGUGUGUUUAGCUCCAUAAAUACACUCCAUUCUGAUGAGUUUUCAUGUUGUUGACGACGAAUGUUGAAUUUAUCAUUUGUUUUCAUGUUGUUGUUUUUUUAAAUAAGGAAAUGCAUGCCUUUGGACUUAUUUCUGUGGAGGUCAAAGUGCAUUAUUUGGAGUCUCAGUAUUUUUUUUGGUUUCUGGUGUGAGACUGUCAACUGGUGGUGUAGCUCACAUUAUAGACUGACUUUGUGGCUCUAACCUGUGCAAAAGAAUGACAUUUAUUUAUUUAUUUGGUGGAACAUUGAGGAAUAGAUCCUGUGUCUGAAAUACAUUCCUAUUUUUUAUUAUCGUUUUGUAAAUGUUUGUAAUUUUUCUUCUUUUUGCAUUAAACAAAAAGACGAUGAAAGGA